AUGAGUGAAGUUUCUGGGGUAGGUGCUGAUGGAGUCGACGGGGCAGCUGCUGGUGAACCUCAACAAACACAGGCACCCAAAAAAAUCAAGGCGGAGUAUGGCACCUUUGGCCAGGUGUUAUACCACGUGGUGUCCUUCACUGAGGGCUACGAGCAGCAGGUGUUGUACUUGUGCAUGAGGAUCUUCGAGUCAACUAUGAGCUUCACCAAGAGUCAACGGACAAUGCUGAUGACUGUGUCUAUCAUGUCGCGCUUAUGCUUCUCGCUCGUUUGGGGGCUGCUCGCAGACGCGUUUGAGACUAACCUGGUGAUGGCUGCUGGGUUAUUGUUCAUGGGCAUCGCCUCGAUUCUGCUAAGCGCCACGUCGCGCUUCUCGUCGAUUCUCUUCUUACGCUUCUUACACGGUGCCGCAUUCGGAUGUAUCUACCCAGUUCAGCAAAAGAUCAUCUCGGAUGAAGAUGAUGAUCAGGAAGGCGGCAGCAGUAGUGCGUUUACUCGUAUUCAUGCGCUGAAUUGCAUUGGCCGUAUGCUGUGUGCCGCAAUAACCACAGAGGCUGCUCAAAACAUCUUGCUGGGGUUCAUCGGCUGGCGCGUAUCAUACAUCGUGUUGGGCUACUUGUGGAUUUCGGUUGGCAUCGCGAUUGUAUUUGCAAUGCAUACUGACAACGUAGUAACAACUCCCUAUGGAUCUAUGGAUAAAUUCGUCAAACAAAUAUCCGGCUCCUUUUCUGCGGUGUUCUCGAAUUGGUCAUCAUUUCUGUGUAUAUUUACUAUGUUGAUUGCGGAGGCGCCGAUGUGCACUUUGCCGUACAUGAUCACGUACCUGGAGUACCUGGGAGUAUCCGACAUGAAGGUUGGUAUUGCGAUUUUGGUCACCACGAUUGGCGGCGCAGCAGGGACUGCAGCUGGAGGUAUUGUUAUUGACAAAAUUACAAGUACGCAUGCAAAGUAUGGCGAGCUGAUUGCCGGUAUCGUUGUGAUGGGCGUGCGAUUAAUCGUUUGUGUGUUGUUCUUCGUGUCCCCUGCUCCAGACGGACGUCUGAUGUGGUAUCACUACAUCGAGUUUGCGGUUCUCGGGGCUACUUUGGUAACGGUUGGGGGUGUGGAUAGACCUAUUAUGAGGAAAGUAAUCCCAGACAGGUACCAGGCUAGCGCCUCGGCCAUCAUCCAGUGUAUAUCUGGUAUUUCGGUUAGCGUCAGCUUCGUGGAGAUCUUCGCGUACGUGUCGGAGAAGCUGCAUGGUUACGCGCCGUCAACACAGGCCAUUGAUGACAUGGACGCGGCUCUUAAAGACAACAACACUGAGGCGCUGAGGAAGUCGACCAUGUAUAUGAUCGUUGUAGGGUCACUGCUCAACAUUGCCUGCUAUGGUGCACUGUUCGCCACGUAUAAGGAGGAUAAGGAGAAAAUUGUAGAGCAAAACGUGGAGGUAAGGAAGGAAAGAAAUGAAAUACAGGUGAAAAGGGAAGCGAUGAAGAGACAAGCACAAGAAGAGGCAGUAGCGGGGGAAGAUGAUUUAUCAGGAAUAUCUGAAAAUACUAGGAGUGAAAAAGAAAUAGCAGCACUACCAGAAGAAGUAAAUAUUGCAGGAGAGAUGACAGAAGAUAGGCAGGACAGGAGCAGGAGAGAGGAAGAUGAACCGUUGUCACCACGUGCGAUACAAGAAAUGCUAAAAAGGGGAGAAAGAAGUAAGGAAUUAGAAUCGAGGUUGCAAGAGCUUUCAACACGAAAAAGCUAA